GUUAACCAAUGCAGGCACCAUGUCGCGCGUGCUGUGCGAUGGCUGUGCGUGAAGUUGUUUUGUUCCAGUGGCUACUGUGUUUUUCUCGGUGAAGUGUUUCACUGUCGAAUUUUAAGUGAUCUUGAAACGGCAGCAAUGUGUAAGGAAUGAUAUUGAUCGAAGUGCUUGUAACAAUCACCGAGACAGUUUGAUGUGGACGACCGCCUUUCCCUGGGUCGGUGCGUGCGCGCGUUUUGCACUGGAAAUGCCGCCUGGUACCGCGUCGGUAAAACGCGUUCGUGGGUAAUGCUGGACAGUUUUGCUGUUGCUACCGUGACUCAGGAGCAUAUGAUUCAGCCCUGCCGAUCUUUGGCUGUGAAAUGUUGCGCGCAAAACGUCAUAACUCCUUGUGAGUAGCGACGGACAAAACGAGUUGGUUCUGGUUGGAACAAUGAAGUGAAUGUGAAAGGUGAAAUAUGAAGUCCGCUUUCAAAGAACGGCAGCUGUCCGAUUACUCGGCAACAUCGCAGCGACCUAAGCGUAAUGCUUCUACAAAAGGACUGGGAUGCAGCAAUGGUCUUCACUGGAUGGAAGAGAAGCAGCUGAAGAAGGCGCUGUAUGCUUCACUCAAUGAAACCAAAAAAGCUCGGUUGCUGGAUGAGAAUACAUCAGAAGAUAGCCGGGAGCAGACGCCCAAAACUUCCACAAGCGCAGUUGUCACAAAAAAGGCAACUGACACCGAUUCUAAAAGGAUAAAGGUACAUGCUCAACGCAAGUUUGCUCAGGGUUCCAACCCAAGCAGUCCCAUGCCAACGCCAGUCAAGUUUCUGCCACCAUGUCGUGACUCUAGAGAGACAGUGAGCCAACCUUCAACACUGCUGCCUUGCAAGCGGAGACCGAAAACAGAAGACUUCCUUACAUUCCUUUGCCUUAGAGGCACAAGUGCUCUUCCACCCGCACUCGACUUUAUGAGUGGCACAGCUUUUCCUGGUUCAUCGUCCUCUUCGGAUCGAAGUAGCAGUCCUGACCUUGAUGCUCCAUUGACGUCAACCAGUGCUGAGAUUAAAGACAGGGGAGCCAAUGCAAAUGCACAUGGGGGAACUACUACUGCUGAGCUGCGAAGUCUGGCACAGCGCACUUCUGCACGUGUGUCGAAACAGGACCGACGACCCUUGAGGCUCGAUAAUGGGGAAGAAAAGCAAGGGGCCGAGCAUAGAGCCAGCCGGUCUGCUACAGUGAAGAAAGUAGACAAGAGGAAGGUUGCACCUGAAAAAUUGAAGGAAACGUACAAAGCUGGCAGCAUUUCAAGGAGUCAUGGCAAGCCAAGUGCAAACUUGACAGCACUGCAAGAAAAGUACAAACAACGGAGGAUUGCACAGCGGUCUGCACCAUCUAGAAAGCCAUCAGCUUUGAGUCUUGGAGGAGGACAUGCUCUCAGGUCGCAAGCCACCCAUGAAGCAUCUCACUCGGGUUCAAAAGGAGCAGUAAAAACUUCAUGCGUGAAGCCAAGGGAACAGUCAACCAGUGUGUCAUUAAGUCGACACACUAUGCCAUCGAAAGAUGAGGAUAUGGCUGCUAAGAGCCGAUUGGUGCUCAAAAGGCAGCUGAGUGUCCAGCUGACGCGCCUUCACCCACGCAUUGCAGCAGGCCUACGAUUGCCCAUCGUGGCCAAUACAGGAACUGGUGUUGUUACACGUAGGCGCUCUGUUGGGAUUACACCACAUUUACGCAAAGCCAAAAUGGUUCCACCAAUUGUAGACUAUGAAUCGGAGAGCGAAAAAGACCUGUCCCCAUUGUCCCCUCCAGGGUCCCCUGUCAUCACUGUUCAGCCAAGGUUACGAGCUACAGGAAGUAAGACUCUUAACACAUCACAGAAGCCAAAGGGCAAAGUUUCUGCUUCAGCAUCAACAUCUAAGAAGAAGCCAACAACUUCUGUUAUUGCUAGGAAGCUGCUUAGUCGUGCCACAACAAGAAUGCAACCUUCAUCAAAAGCUCGCAAGGCUACCAGAUGUGCAAUGUUCAGACGCAAAACACGUAGCCUUGGUCCUGUAAAGGAAUAUCCGCUUGUUCUGCCCCUACCAACCAAACGUGGAGCAGGUCGCUUUGGUGGUACAGUUUUAAAAAAUAAAGUGGAUGAUCUUGCUGCCAGGUUUGCUAAAUCAAAAGCUGCUUUGGCAAAGUGCAGUGAGUUAGUGCCAGUCUCAGCUAGAGCGAGCUCAGUAGCAGUGGAGCAGAAGAUUAAAAAGGGCACCUUAUUCAGGCAAAAUGACAGCAUGGUAAAACGAUCCUCUCGUAGGAGCUCAAGUGAGUGUUUGAAGGAUACACGAAGCUUGAGACAGAGGAGUGAGGCUUCUGCUGCACAGUGUGCACGUCAAACUCGUAAAGCAGCUAUUGAAGUGUCUGAAGAAGCACAGAAGACCACUGUUGCAAAGAGACGUAGAACAGAAGGUAGCACUAGCACCACUGUGUCAAAUCGUGUGUUCUCUGACAGUGAUGAUGAACCUCUUAUCAGAAUGGCUGGGCGCCUGUCUGAGAAGAAAGCUGGGUUGGCAGAUAAGGCAACAGAAGAAGAUUCUAAUUCACAGCAGAAUAAAUCUGGUUCUGCUCAAAGAUAUGGAGUUUUGUGCUUGCCAGCUCCUGGAAUGCUUUCACGCAGAAAAGCAGCAUCUGCAAAAAACAAGAGCAAGCCCCCUGAAGUUGAUAAAUCAAAAUUGUUCAAGACAACCCUGUCAUCUGAGCGUUUUUCAGAGCCAUCGCCGUCAUCUCUGUCAGAAACCAUUGCAGAUGCUGCAGGAGACCCUCUUGAUACUAGAGCACACUUUGACGAUCUGGAAUCAAUGUCGGGAGGUGUGGAGGCCUUAGAUGCCCUUGCAGGUGAAAUCUCUCAGGUUAUGUCAUGUCGCUUGAGUUUUGGUAGUGCACAGGAAAUUCAGAGUUUAAUGACAAGUGAGUUCUCUGGUGCUUUUGACGAAAAUGUUACCGGUGCCAUGCUUCUUAGCACUCAAGAUGGUCGGUCAGCAUCUUUUGAAGGAGGUUUGAAUCUUCUGAAACGGGAUGAUACACCAUCUAAAAUUGAUGCGUCGACAAACACGAGUGAUGAAGGAAUGGCUCUGCUUGCAGCCUCAACACCUGAGGAAGUUGUCAUGACGCCAGAGGAGGUGUCUGUUGCAACACAGACGGGCAUAUGUAACCCAGACAGGAUAAGCAAUGAUGCAGGUCUUCAGGCACUGCCACCAACUGCAAGGAGGCUCUCCUUUACUACUUCAGAAUCAAACAGUGUAGCAGCCGAAGAACUCGGCCCUGAAAUAGAGAAGUCAUUGCCUGCAUCACCAAAAUCAAAACCUGCAUCACCAGUGCAAAAGCUUGCACCUCCUCUAAAUUGCUCGACAGUGCUAGAUACAAGAGCAGACCAUACAAGUGGAGACCCAGCAUUAGAAGUCGAUGCGAGCACCAGUUCUAUGCAAACUCAUACUUCCUUAUCUAUCCAUGCUCCCAGUUCUAAGUUGGGAGUGGCAAAGGCUGUGCCUGAAAUGAAAGGGUGUCAUAUAUCUGGUGCAGCCAAGAGGACCACAGUUGAUGCGCCAGUGCAAAGGCAUGGCUCACUCAAUCCAACACUUGGAUCACGGGCAAGCGUUGCAAGAGCAAGUGUUGCAAGAGCAAGUGCUGCAAGGGCAACUGUUGCAAGGACAAGUUUUGUGAGAGCAAGUGUUGCAAAGGCAAGUGCUGCACGAGCAAGUGCUGCACGAGCAAGGGUGGCAAGGUCAAGUGUUGCAACGGCAAGAGCUGUGAGAGCUAGUGCUGUGAGGUCCAGUGUUGCAAGAGCAAGCGUCAGGGCAAAUAUCAUGAGUGAUGCAAGGACAAGUGAUACAAAGGCAAGCAAUUUGAGGGCAAGUGAUGUGGAAGCAACUGAUGUGAGGACAAGCAGUGUGAGAGCAAGUGAUGCAAGGGCUGGCGAUGUGAGUGGAGGUGAUCGAAGGAUGGGCAUUGCAAGGGCUCCCAAACAUUGUUCUGCCAAAAUGGCAUUCACUUUUACUAAAUCGGGACCUUCUAAGAGAGGCAAAGCAGCCUCAGACGAGACCAGGAGGGCCAAACUAACACCCUUGGACAGCAAGAAAUUUCCAAGUGUGAUUGACCCAGCGUGCCUUGUGGCUGCUCCUACAUACAGGCCCACAGCAGAUGAAAUGCGGGAUCCUAUUAGCUACAUUACCAAGAUAAGACCAGAAGCAGAGAAGUUUGGCAUCUGUAAAAUUGUCUUGCCACCCUCUUUCCAGCCUGAAUGCAAGGUGUUCGAUGACAUGAGAUUUACAGCUUACAAUCAGUACAUUCACAAAAUGCUUUCAAGGUGGGGCCCAAAUGUGCAACACAUGGCAUGCAUCAAGCGCUGUUUCACUAACCAGGGUAUCACUGAUGACCAGCCACCUUUGAUUGGUGGCAUAGAACUGGACCUCUCUCAUCUGUACCACACGGUUCAGAACUUUGGUGGUAUACAGCAGGUGAUGGAAAAAAAGAAAUGGCACAGGGUAGCUGAUGCCAUGCAUAUACCCAAAGCUGCACAAGACAGAGUGUCAAAAGUGGAUGACGCCUAUUGCAAGUUUGUCCUUCCUUAUGACCUCUUGUCGGCCGAUGAGAAAAAGACGAUUGAACGGCAAGUGUUGGCAGACAGGGAGCGUCAAAUGGCUGCUGACAGUGAACCCUCGUCCACAUCAGCAGAUGAAGAAGAGGAGGAGGAAUUCAGUAAUGAGUGUGUUGCAAAGGUAUCGAGGCACUUUGCCAGUCGUGCUUCGCACGGACGCAUGAGGCAACCGCCAGCAUGGACGGACCAAAGCAACACACGCAAGGGCCGCAACAUGUCGUUAAGUGUGUUCUCCAGAGUAGCUCGCAACACAAUGUCAAUGUGGUAUAAGCAUGAGCCUUCAACAGAGGAAGUAGAGAAAGAUUACUGGAACCUGGUAAUAGACCAGCGGCGGCAUGUCUGUGUCCAUGCAGGAAAUAUUGACAGCAGUGUUCAUGGCAGCGGCUUCCCAACUAAUCGGCUUGUCCAAUUUGCCAAGAAGAGGAAAUACACAACCACAAGCAGGCAUCCAUGGAAUCUGAAGGUGCUCACCAACAACCCAGGAACUGUUCUACGCUGCAUGGGACCUGUGUCAGGUGUGACAAUUCCAACUUUGCACCUUAGUAUGCUGUACACAACUGGCUGCUGGUACAGGGACCCUCACUGCUUACCAUGGGUUGAGUACCUUCACACCGGUGCAAACAAGAUCUGGUACAGUGUUCCUGCGCAUAGUUCGGACCGGUUUCGUGCAGCAAUGAAAGAGAUAAUGCCGCAGGUUUGCAAGGACAGUGUUAUCUGGCUGCCUUCAGACUGUGCCAUGGUGCCUCCUCCUCAACUUGUGGAACAUGGCUGCCCCUUGAGCCGUUUGGUCCAGGAGAAGGGGCAGUUUGUGGUCAUUUUUCCAGGAGCCUUCACCUCCACCAUUGCAUGUGGCUACUCUGUGUCUGAGUCUGUCUAUUUUGCCACCCAAGACUGGUUACUCCAGGCAGCAGAAUGUUUCGAGCAUAUGAAAGCGAGCUGUGAACCACCGACAUUCUCCUUUGAGAAAUUGAUCUUGGGAAUUGCAACUGAACUUCGAGAGACCCUAGAGACCUGUCGUUGGACCCUUCCACUGCUUCGAAAAAUGUGUGAAAAUGAACAAAGGUAUCGUACCCAGCUUGUGGAGAUGGGUCUGAAGACAUUUGAGCGCCUUCGCUUUGACGAAGCAGCAGACCCAAGGAAAGCAAAGCGGCCAAGGCUACGACCUGACAAUCACGAGUGUGACUUCUGCCGCAUCAGUUGUCAUGUCUCCAUGGUCGUGAGCAUGCAAGAUGACAUCCUGUACUGCCUAGAGCAUGCUGUGCAUUGCCUGCAGAGGAAAAACAUGAAGUCUUGGAAACUUCUUUAUACCUAUGACAUGGAUGAGCUGAGGUCCAUCCUGCGGAAGCUUGAGCAGCAUGUAGAGUCCCAGGACACUUCUCAAACGAAGGUGGACUCUGAAUCGUCUCCACUGAAGAAAAAAAUUGCCAAGAAGAAAUGAACAUGAAGAAAUCAUCAGUCAACACUGGAUAGUUCAUGGUGUAUAUUCUGUCCGAUAUAUAGUAGUUUAAAAAAGAGGUGUAUUAACACUGAAGUGUUACUAGAUAUCAUAGAGACAGUGGUUGUGUUCUGUGUUAAGAGCGGGGGCGGCACCAGUAUUUUUCAUUUGCGGGUUGUGGGGGAGUGAGCAUGAUUCUCUAUUUACGUUGGGGGUGUAGCGGGGCAUAGCACUCUGUCACUUGGCACUCCAUGGUUGUAGGAGGGGGGGGCGAUGAGAGGAAGGAAGAAAGAGGAUGUUAAGGUGGUCGGUUGCUCCCCUUCUUAGCACUGCCCCUGGUUUAAAGCUGAUUGCUGCAUGGCGCACAAAAGUGUCCAUUUUGUUUUACAUGCAGAGUAGUGGGUAGACAUUAUUGCUCUUUUGUCUGCUUCACUGGUUGUCUGAGCUCUAUGUCAGCUAAUAAUAGAGCCAAACCUUUCAAGUGAAACUGAGAGUACACGAAGCACAGGACUGUGAUAUAGCUGUGUUGAUAAGGUUGCCUUUAAGCUCAAGGUGACAUGGUAUGUAUAUGUACAACUGUAGUAAAUUACUUUUUGCAAAUUUCAUGCCUCCUGAUCUUCAUGAAGUUACAUGUUACUGCAGCUGGGUCAUAGCAUCAUGCUUCACUUACAUUUUGUUACGUUUAUAUGUCUGAACUUAAUUACUUUGUGGCUCAGUGAGUGUGCUUUCUAAUAUAGUUAUAAUUGUGGCAUCAUUGUUAGAUUCAGGUAACUUUUUAAGGUGUGUCAUGUCAUGGUUACCUGGUGUGCUUCAUUUUACUACUGUAGUAGCAAAGCUACUUUACAUGCUAUUAAAUUUUUUUAAAUGAUUCGAGCACAUAUAGAUGGUACAAGAAUAUGCACAGACAGAGACAGGACAACACCCUUAAAUUGUGUUCGUUCUUUUGUAAUGCCUGUUUGCACUACUGCUGUCAUAAAAAACUGCAAUAGCAAGUGGCCCAGGACCUAAAUGUGGGUUAAUUGUCAGCCUAUCAGCAUUCGUUUAGAAACAGCAGUGUCAAUGCUAGAAGAAAAUAUGGUUUUGGCUUUGGAUGAUGGAAUUUCAUUUCGACUGCCUUCCACUUUGACAGCCCCACAAGCCCCAUCUGUUGAAAAACCUUUUUUUGAGUCAUCCCAUGUGGUUUUAUGAAAGCUCAAAAUAACAUGUCAUUCACUGCUUUGAUAGACUAAAGGGAAACCCUUUAUCAGGCUAAACUGGUAGAUUGCAGAAGUAAUUGAUUGUACGAACUUUGUGCGCAAGCUGCUUCACUGAUAAUGUUAAUAUGACAUUGGUGUGAUGUUGGGGGUGUUACAUACAUGAUUAUAUUUUCAUGUAUUUGCUCUAUCUUUGCAUAAGUGGCCACAAAAGUUGCUGAGAUGCAUUUUUUUCAUUUGUGAAUGCAUUGUAAUAAUUAACAUUUAACUAGCCUCUGUACACAUAUGCUUUUAUGCCGUUUUCUGGCAUACAAAGCUUCCACUCAGAAAUAGUGACCUAUUCGCUCUUAUAUGUUUGUAGUGGUUGGACACGUGUGACUUGAUAUUUUCUUCUAUGUCCCUUUAAGGGAGCAUAGGGGUUUGAAAGUUGACUUUUUUACUUUUGGACCAAAUUUGGUCAAAGUUGGCAGGCGUGUUUAGUUUCUUUUUAAUCUAGAAAUGAAUUUUUUUCAGGUUCGUUGUUGCAUAAAAUAAUUUUAAGAAAGACUUCCCCAUUGUUUUUAAACAAUUUACAAAUAACGACUGUGCAAAAAUAUACAAAUGGUGUAUGGAUAUAUAUUGAAAAGCAUAGGGCACAGAAUAAUGGAAGCACUUUUAUGAUUGGGUCAUUAUUUUUUAUUUUAUAGCACAAUGAAGGCCAGGGUUUUGAACAUGAACAGGCAUUAUUCACACAUACAAGCUAUUUAAAAAACAAAGUUUAGGCAGAAAUUUUAAAAAUCUUCUCCCGACAUUGUUUUCUCCAAACAUCUGGCUUCAUGCUGCAAUAUAUAUAUAUAUAUAUAUAUAUAUAUAUAUAUUCAUUCUAUCUGCAAUAGGCACUGAGAUAUCAAGGUGGCAGAAUAGCUGGGUGUGCAAAAUUAGUAUUUAGAGAAAGUGUAGAAAAUAAAUGUAAUGUCUAGUUGAGAACAGUCGGAAAUAUGUACAUGUGCGCACAAAACUUUAGUAGGCUCCAGGAGCAUAUGGCAGGCAAAGCCCUGAAACAUGAGCGCCGUGUAAUUGAAUAUGUGCCGUUUUAGCAUCAACACAGGGUAAAAAUUACCUGCUCUGUAUGUUUUAAAAUUGAUAUUACAGCUGAAAUAUUGACAUACAAGAUAAAAAACCUGGCAGAUAAAGAGAAUCACUGAAGUACGGCCUGAAAAUGUCAUUUUCCAAAAAUUGAUGUUUUGAUGCCUAAUGACCCCAUCCUACCUUAAAGGGGCCCUGAAACACUUCUCAAACGUCACAUAAAACAUUGCCAAUCUGUUAACAAGGCUCCUGUGAAUAUGUGAGCCAAAUAUUAUUGCACUGCAGGCUACAGCAGGGAAUUUACAAUCUCAUGCCAAAAGCAGUGAACAGUCUCUUGCUCUUGCAUCCGCAAUGUCGUCAUCAAAAGCAGUUUGCCAACCAACGCUGUUGGCUGAUUUCAUGAUGGUGAGAACAUUCUCAGUAAUACAUAAUGCUAAUUUUGAGUUAAAUAAAUGAAAAUAUAUGCGUGUCUAAAAGACGAGAAAAUAAUUUUAUUUUUGCACUGCGCGCAGCGUAGUCUACUGUGGCCACCACGGACUGCUGUGACGAGCCCUUUCGCCACUGCAGCUUCCAGCACGCUAGCGGAGACUAAAAGAGAGAGAAAGCCGGGUAUCGGUUUGAUAACUCCACUUAUAGUUGAAAGAUUCGAAAACAUUUUUCUGGCAGGAGAUUCAUGGGACAACGUACUUUAAUAGUGAAGCCAUUCUAUGAUUAGUUAGAAAAGUGUUUCAGGGCCUCUUUAAAGUUCAUCGUCCAUACACAUAUUUGCUAUAGCAUUGUUUGCAUCUGAUUGCUGUUGCCGGUUUCCACUAAACAAUGCGGGAUUGAGCUGGAAGUUUUGUCUUGUUGUCCCAUUUGUUCGGUCGCAUAUUGCGUGACUGUCCUUAGUAUGAUGCACAUAGACAAUCACUCUCCAACACAUUAGCAUGAUUGGACAACUGGAUUUUGAGUGCUGACAUGAUAUUGGAACACCAACCUCAACAUUUAUCAGCGCAAAAGGCUCUGAAGGUGCUAUUGUGUUUUUAAGGUCAGCUGGCUUGUGUGAUCGCAUUUGACCUCAUGACAUUUGCUUAGUGUGUGCAUGUUUUCAGGUAACCUCUCAUUUCUAUUCCAUCUUCCCCUGUGCAGUAUAGCCAAUAGGGCACUUUUACCUUCCUCUCUCCAUUUUCUUGACUAAUAUAGUAUAAUAUCUAUGCUUGCAAGGACAGCUGUAGCCCCAUGCAGGUGCUUUUUCUUGUAGAUAAGGGGUAGACUACAGAAAAUAAUUGCCUUUUGAGGGCUUUCUCUGAGCAAAGGGUAAGAGGUAUUUUUUGACUGCAGUAUUAUGCUCUGCAGCGUCAUUGCUUGUGAAGGUGUGAAGCAGAUUUAGCACCAUGGAUUCUUUAAUCGUUGUCAGACACUUUUUUGUGGGCACAUAUCGUCUAGCAAGAUAAACUUGUGUGAGAAGCUCACCACUUUAAUAUAAUAUGAUUGAUAUUUCAAAUUUCCUGUAUAAAGGAGCAAAAUUAAGAGCACAAAUCGUGAAGUAUUGCCGCUGUCACUAUUUAUUGGAAUAGUAAGGACUGACGAAAGGCGGCUUGUCACUUGUCAUAGAGGAGACCCAAGCUCUCCUUUUGAUGCAUUUGUAAUGAAGCUAAGGAACAUGUUAUUCUUAACCAGAUCACUGAGGUAAAAGGCAGCUGUAGCAGUUGUGGUAUUAAGCUUUCGAAUUUCAGGCCUAACCAUCGUGCCUGGGCAGAAGCUUCAUAUCUAAGAUUUGAAAUGCCCCUUGUCUAUAUUUUAUGCUCAUGGUGCACACAACUAUUGCCAAGCUGCUCUGUAAAUAGCAUGUUCAUGUUGAAUUUUACAGUACUUGGAGUUGUGUAAAUAAUCCUGUUGAACUGCAUGCUAGCUGACUUUUCAUGUAGAUAUGUAUUUUAAAUGUUUGUUAUUAUAAAAAAUGAAAUUGUGCCCUUGCAACCUAUAAGCCCACACAAGCAUAAGGACUCCAAAGGUGUGGAUUUUAACCUCUUUCACCUUAUGCUUUUACAUUCACCCCAACCCCAUUUUUUCUUUUGACUCGCUUAAUACAGAAAGUAGAGUCCACUGAUACACAGCAAAACAGUGUUAAACGGUGACCACCACACAGUUUUAAUGUUUGAGGGAACAUUUAGUGUUGAGGAGGCUUGCCAAAAUGUGCCACCAGUCAUAAUACCUGCCGACAGCUGCUUAAUAUGCGCACAUUUCUUUGCUUUCAACUUUUAGAAGAAUAAAUGAAAAACUAAAAAAACUUCAGAAGCAUUGGUUUAAUUACCGUAUUUUCGCGUGUAUAACCCGCCCUUGCAUAUAACCCGCAUCCCUAACUUUGAACUCUACGAAAAAGGAAAAAAAUAACCUCGCGUAUAACCCGCACGCUUAUCCGAAAAAAUGAGGGCUAAGAAGUUACAACUACGGCCAGUCAUCAUUUCGUUUUCAAAACAAAUUUAUUUCAAAACGACCGCCACAACGUUGUCAGUGCUGUCGUCCGAUUCACUGCUGCCAUCCGAGGCUUCAUCGCCCUCUCUCAAAGAUACAAUUUUCGUCGGAACCAUCUCGCAGCAGCUCUGUUGCCGAUUUCUUCAGCAGCGGCUACGAUCUUCAGUUUCUCUUUCACUGUGAAAAACUGCCGCCGAGCCACACUCAUGAUGCCUAAACAAGACUGGCCAACUGUGCAAACUGGGAGUACAAGAAACGGCACCUGACUCAUGCGAAAAGCGUCUAACCAGACUAUGGAUGUGUUUACCUGUGUUGGCCUCUUAUUGGCUUAACACACGUCGAUGUCGAUAGACAUGCGGACUCUACACGGCAGGCUGCAUGUUGCUGUGAAGCCGAACCCCACCCCCUCCCUUCGCGAAUAUUCGCAUAUAACCCGCACCCCCACUUUUUAAGCAAUUUUUUUCUAUUUUUGGUGUGGGUUAUGGAACUACGGUAAUAUGGUACAGAUGGAAAAUACGGUAAUUAUGGAACAGUAGCAGCAGUUUUUUCGUGAAGAUAGAAAUGUUUUGCAUUUUCAUCUGUAAUAGUUCAUUGUUUCAGUGUUUAUAUCAUAUGAAAAUCAACUUUGUUAAGAUUGUAAUACCAGUCGCUUCUACAUUGCACACUCUAAAGAUUUUUUCUUUCUCAACAUUUUUUUUACUCUACAUAGUCAAUCAACAUUGUGCAUGUAAUUACAUGCAUUAUAUUUAAGACAUUGUCACCACGAGUCAUAAUUUUGCAUUGCAUUCCACUUGUUCAAACUGAAUCCAUGACAUUUUCUUUCUUUUACUUUUUCUGUGUGCAGCUUCUUUUUACAUGCACAUUUUUGUAUGUUAUCACUGCAGAUAAUUUAUCACCUGAUGAUCUGACUAUGAUUCACUGAACUGUCAUUCCAAUAUUAACUUUCUUGUCAUAAUUUUAAGAGACAUGAUUGUCAGGGACCUGUUGUGAACCUACGUAUUUUAAAUUUUGUAUAAAAUUUUUACAACUGCCACAUUUUGUUCUUUUUUUUUUUUUGUAGCUGCAAGUCUUUACUGCAAAGAAAAGUGGCCUCUUUUCUAUCUUUCUUUUCUUUUUUUUUUUGUUUCAUUUGUACAUAGGAAGGAUGGAUUGCUGUGGUGAAUACAGUAUUGACCACUUGAUUUUUUUUUUUUUUCAUUUGUGUGUGUGUGUGUGCGUGUGUGUGUGUGCACGCACGCGCGCGUGGAGAUUUUUUCAACGAUCUGUGUGUAAUGUGGCUAUUGUUUGCCUUGCAUCAUUUGUAAUAGACAUGCAUGAUUAACACUCAGAUGUUCGCAUAUUCCUCUUUUUGCUUGGACGUUAUUUAUGCACAAAAAUUCUUUGGCCUCAAGGCAUACGAGCCUCCUUUGAAAAUAAAAAAAAAAAAGGCAAGGGGCACGAAAAACAAAAUUGAUGUGAUAGUAAUGCAGUUUGACCAUGGGGAAGUUUGGCCUGUGAUCAGCAUUAGUAAAAGCAUCAGGCCGUGGCUUACUUGCUCUAACAGUGUACAAUCGCUUUACUCAUCAAGUUGAUCCUGUCAUGCAGUUCUUUUUACGAUAUUCGAUUGUCUUCCACAUCAUUCUGUCACAGAAUAAUUGAUCCUGAUACAUAUUGAGCUGUGAGAAAAUGCAGGGCAACACAUGCAGAAACAGCAAUCGGGUACUGAUCCUCUGCAAUUUGUUUGGAAAUCAAAACAUAUUUCAUAUUAGUAUGCAUGUGUGGCCAUGAGGAGACAAGAUGUGAGAAUCAGAUUAUUGUUUUUGUCCAACAUAUUUAUAGAAAGUGAGGCCUCCUUUUCACAUUGUAAACAUGUCUGCAAACACUUGGGCUUCCUAAAUCGUUAAUGCUUCCCAGAAUGUGCUGUGUAAUAUGAAGUGUGGCCAAAUUGUAAACUCUGCCAUAGCACAAGAAAUGUACCGUAUUUUCGCGCAUAUAACCCGCCCUUGCAUAUAACCUGUGCCCCUAACUUUGAACUCCAUGAAAAAGAAAAAAAUAACCUCGCGUAUAACCCGCACGCUUAUCCGGAAAAAUGACGUAUAGGAAGUUACAACUACGCGCAGCCAUCAUUUCGUUUUCAAAACAAAUUGAUUUCAAAACGACUGCUGCAACGUUGUCAGCACUGUCGUCCAAGUCACUGCUGCCAAGGCUUCAUCGCCACUCUCGAAGACGUAAUCGUCUUCGGAACCAUCUUGCAGCAGGUCUGCUGCCGAUUUCUUCAGCAGCGGCUAUGAUCUUCAGUUUCUCUUUCAAUGUGAAGGACUGCCGCCGAGAGACAUUCAUGAUGCCUAAGGCUGGCCAACUCUGCAAACUGGGCGUACACAAAACGGCACCUGACUCGUGCGAAAAGCGUGCGAAAAGCACAGAACACUCAUACCAAAAAGCAUUUUUCUUCCUCCAUGCCGAAAACCAUCUAACCAGACUAUGAAUGUGGAUCAGGCAAUAACCUGUGUUGGCCUCUUAUUGGCUUAACACACGUCGAUGUCAAUAGGUAUGUGGACUCUGCACGGCAGGCUGCGCGUUGCCGUGAAGCCGACCCCCACCCCCUCCCUUCGCGAAUAUUCGCAGAUAACCCGCACCCCCACUUUUUAAGCACUUUUUUUCAAUUUCUGGUGUGGGUUAUACGCGAGAAAAUACACUAAAAUGAGCAUAGAGAAGGUUUCUGCCACUUGUGCACUAGUGAGAGAAACAGUUUGAGAAACAUCUUGGGCGGCACCUCUGGUAUUAGCAAAGAUUGCACUCCAGCUGUUAUAACCUAGAUCACAGCUUUAACACAGCUGUAUUAACAUGCCUAGCUGGGAUGUUGAUACAGCUGUGUGCUAUCCGGUUAUGUUGUUGGUAAGCAGUGCAAACAUAUCUUGCUAAUUAUUUUACCUAACUUUGCACACCAUGUUCUUCAAAUGGACUGAGCACACAGAAUUUUUCACUGAGUAGUGCUUUUGAAUUCCUCUGCAAACUUUGCAUAUUAGUUACCGUGUGUGUCUGGGGCUCAAGGUUACCACAGUAAACAGUGUUGGAGCAUCAACCAAAUUGCAUUGCUGCAUCACCUAUGACUUGAUAAUAUGCUGUUCAGAACAUGUUGGACAUUCGUGGCACGUUUGCUGGAGCUUCAUACAAUGGCUCACAUGCAGUGAUAUCUCUCUCAUUUGGCACGGCGUCACCAAUAUCUUGAUAAUAUGCUGUUCAGAACAUGUUGGACAUUCAUGGCACGUUUGCUGGAGCUUCAUACAAUGGCUCACAUGCAGUGAUAUCUCUCUCAUUUGGCACGGCGUCACCAAUGUCUUGAUAAUAUGCCGUUCAGAACAUUUUGCACAUUCAUGGUGAGUUUGCUGGAGCUUCAUACAAUGGCUCACAUGCAGUGAUAUCUCUCUCAUUUGGCGCUGCAUUCAUACGAGCUCCGAUAUCAUUUAGUGGUUUACUUUAGGGCAAUGAGAACAGCACUUGGUUGGUGCUAAACUGAGCAAGGGGGAAAACACUGUGUAAAUGGGGUCGUGUGAGCUUGAGAACGUAAAAUGAGUAUGUCCAGCACAGUCUUAAAAUUUUCUUGGCAUCUAGGUGAGGCAGCUGUGUAGUUUGCGGUACACUUAGUGUACAUACUUUGUAGACAGUAUGCACAGUAAUGCUUGUUCAGUUGCUUGAACAUCCCACAAACUUUUGUCCCUGUCUCGACUUUACGUUAUAAUGCUUUUCUGCUGUGCGUUUACAGGAGUGAUUUAUUCAAGGCUCAAGGCCCUAGCUAUGAAGGUAUCUUCUGAGCUAGAAAUGUGUUUAUAUCUUUUUCCCUUGACAUUUCUUGCGUAUGAAUGGACUUAUCACGAGCAUUUUUCUUUUCUUCUCUGAGUGUAAAGGGUUCAGUUGUAACAGAAAGCAAAUGUUAAACCUGAUGCAAGGUCAAACAGUGUUCAUUUUUAGCAUUAAGCCACAGUUGAUUUUCUUUUUACCUGGCACAAAAUAGUAUCAUAGUUCUUCGUUCCUCUUGAAUAGUCACGAAGUGCUUUUAAUUACGUACUAUAUGUGAAAACAAUAGUCAGCUAAGGGAGUUUGAUACUGCCAUGCGUAUCUUGCUUAGAGAGGGCUUUGUUCUUGUGAUGUUGAAUAUUGCUGGGAAUAGCAUGCUGCACGUCUAGUAUAUAUUGUCAUUUGUCACAGGAAAACAGAGAUAUGUGUGGUCGCAGCAGUUGUGAAAUGUUGUUAAUGUUUAUUGUAAACGUGCUGGCUAUGUAGUUCGAGGAGGCACAUGAAACUGAUCUUUGAUAUUUGCUUUAAAGUGGGCUGAGUUCACGUAUGUUAUAUUCAGGCUUUCAGUUGCCUGGCAUGACAUCUUGAUCUCUGUGUGUAUGUGGGGGCAAGCAGCAUCAUGUGCUUUGUGUUUUAUGUAAUCGGCUAUGUAGCUAGCAGGUGGUUCUACAAUAACAGGGUACAAGUAAUUUCUGGUUUCUAGAGCCAUCACUGUACAAAGCCAAAGACAGUCAUAACUUCUGCUAGAACUGCAAGGUAGCUCUCACAUAAUGCUAUGUGCUCACAGUAGUGCCUAAAUCUAGUGUGCACAAGCAGAAUAUAUUGGUACCAUUGACCAUGCGAUUCUACACUUUGAAAUGUGCAAAUGAUAGUUUUAGUCUAGACUUGGGAAAUAUGGCAUUUAUUGCUCUUGUUGUGCCCAGUUCUUCCGUAUGGUCACACAUUUGACAUUUUAGACAUUGUGCUUCAAGCUGGAAGUUAUGAUUAUCAUAUUGGAACACCAAUGCUGUUUUCAGAAGUGAAGCUGUUUUUUAAAGAAAGGUGUAAUGCCAUGAAAUUUGCGUAAUUCAAAACAAGUUUUAAAGAUGUGAUGCAAAUGGUCUGAAAACAUCUUGUGCAGAGCUGUAAUGAGUAGCUUGAAUGAAACUUAUGCCAGAAACGCAUUUAAAUGGAAGCUUUUUCACAUUUGUGCUUCAGCCAAACAAGUGAUGAUUUUUCUAUCAACCAGAAUAUAAUGAAACGCUUAACAUGACCCGUUUGAUAAAACCCUAGUUAUACACUUGUGGAGCUUAUUUUCUUCCCCCAAGAUGUGAGCCUGUGUGUGGAAAAGGCAGCAAUGGUGGUACAGUAGCUAUCAAUGGGUGGACUCAUUUAUGUACACAAAAUGUGCAAGUGAUAAAUGCCGCUGAGACUACUACCACCAUGGUAGAUUUGGGCAAGGUUCUUCGUAACACAAGCUAUGCAAGGUCAUUUGACCAUUUCAUAUUGAAGUCUACAAAAAACUGACAUUAGUCAUUUUUAAUGCACAAAAUCCUUUCAUGAUGCACAUCCUUCAUUUCAUUCAAUAAGCUGUUUGCAAUGCAUUGAAAUGAUGAUUUUGCAUGUUUUAUGUGUACUUGAACGUAAAUGUAGCUUUAAUCAUUUACUUAAGAUGUUUGGAAGAGCAACCACACAGUUUUUGCACUGCACCUCAGCAGAUAAACUGCAUGGCAGGCAAUGCUCAUGUUUGGACUUUUGAAGGCAUAGUGCAUUUAAAACAUGAGCCUGGAGAAUAUGUGCAAGGCAGUGGAAUUUCUUCAUCUGCUUUGCAAUAGUACAUGUCUCUACGAGUCAUUGUCAUAGCAUCACGUUGUGGUGUCUCGAUUGGUGAAUUGACUGAAGUAUUAUAAACUGCAGGAAAAUGGCCCCGAAUGUAAGAUGCUAUUGAUGCAAUCCUUAUGUAUCUUGAUGCAGCGUUGAGAAGCUUGAAUGUCAUGUUUUAAGCAGCUAUAGGGUGUGAUGUGGUGUUGAUUCUUGUGUAAAUAUUGGUAUUGAAAUAUAGCAUUUUCUCUUUGGA